AAAGCCCAAACCCAACGAUCAAGAAAGCCCAAACCUAAUGAUCAAGAAAGCCCAAACCCAACAAUCAAGAAAGCCCAAACCCAACGAUCAACGAAAGUACAAACCCAACAAUCAAUGAAAGUACAAACCCAAUGA